AUGUCUGCAAGGCGACUUCUGACACUUGAUGCCACAGAGACGGAGACCUCUGAUGGAGAAACCCGUCCAAUCUCUGCCAGCGAACGCAAGGCUGGGGCAGCGGACCUUGAUCGUGAUGUCCGAACAAAGGCUAUUUUGCAGGGUUGUCAACCUGCGGUCGAGAACGCCAUCACGGGAGAGUCGGCAAUCAUCCAUGGCGUCAACAUCUUCGAAGAGCUCGAACGAACCCGGGAAGAGAUCGACCAGCGCAACGCCAUUUGGAAGGCCAGGCGAAGCAGCGUACAGCGCGGCAAGUCCGAGCAGAUGUCACCCGAUGAGCUGAGGUCGGCCUUCGAGAAGAUAGGGUCGUACAACAUCGGGCUUGCUGGGACUGAAAGCAAUUACAUCCGCUUAGUGAGAUCAACGGCGAAGACCGUGCAGUAUCAGCGCGAAUGCGAUCGCAUCCAGGACGAGUUAAAAGAUCUGCAUAAAAAUAAGCUGAAGCUGGACAACGCCAGAGUCCUGAUCAGCGUGCUCGAGAAUGAGAGGGACAAGCUGAAGAAGAAGCACGAUCACGGAAAGACUGAGAUUGCGCGCCUUGAUGGAGAAAUAGAGAAGAUGAAAGCCGAGACGAGCGGACUGCGUCAUGUGUAGCAUUGGCUGAGAGGAUUGCGAUGAAUAUAAGGGCGU